GUCAGAACACAAGAAGCUCAGGUAUACAAAGCAGCUGAUGGUGUUGUUAUGGCUGUUGAUGUUGCUAUUAGUAAACACGGGGCUUUGCAAUGUGGCCCGAAGCUACAAAGGUUUCGACUCCUGUAGUAUGUAUGCAUAUGGCUCAACUGUUUUGUACAAGCAUUACAUGUAUGAGGCAUCAGGGUGUAGACACCGGGUCUUACAUGUCUCAGCAGUUGGUUCGGCCCUGUCUUAUGGGCUUCUCGAAUUACAGGGCACUGGAAACAUAACAAGGUUCGAGCUUCGUCAAAUCAGUACAACUGUUGAAUGUGUGGAGGUCAGGUAGAGAGAGCCAUUCGGCACAGAUACGAAUCCGUGCACAUAGUAUAAUAUGUUGGAUGGAUUGAAGUUAAGUUGUCGGUGAGCAUUGUGUCUCGCAUACCGCAAGCUGGCUUGUUUGUGUUGCAAUCUCCCG